UCCCAUAUCCUUGCUGCUGCUCCUGCAUAUAUUAUCACUCUCACUCCAUCAACUUCCAAACCCCCAUCUCUUUCUCCCUCUCUCUCUCUCUCUCUCUCAUAUGAAUUAACUGUUACAGUCACAGAAUCCAUCCACUCUCAUCAAGUGAGCAUCUAGAGAGAACCUCUCUCUCUCUCUGCCAUGAAGAUGGUGAGGUUGCUCUUAAUCUCAGUGGCAACUUUCUGUGCCAUUGUCUCAACAGUGAGCUCUACUUGUUCGCCAUCAGACCUAGCAGCACUUCAAUCCAUCAAAACCGGCCUCACCGAUUCCUCCUUGGGCAUCUUCAACUCCUGGGUCGGAACAGAUUGCUGCGUAAACUGGUACGGAGUCAGCUGCGAUCCCACAACCGGCCGAGUAGUCGACAUUAAUCUCCGAGGCGAGUCGGAAGACCCGAUACUCAUGAAAUCAGGCCAGUCCGGGUUUAUGUCCGGCUCGAUCUCACCCCAAAUUUGCAGCCUCGAUCGUCUCACCACCCUCGUUCUAGCCGACUGGAAGGGAGUCACCGGCAAGAUUCCCCAAUGCCUCGCCACCCUCUCCAAUCUCCGAAUCCUUGACCUUGUUGGAAACAAGAUUUCGGGCGGGAUUCCGGCCGAUAUCGGCAACCUCAAGAUGCUUACGGUCCUCAACCUCGCCGAUAACCAGAUCUCCGGUACGAUUCCGGCGAGUCUCGUGAGCCUCUCAGGGCUAAUGCACCUGGACCUCAGCAACAACCAAAUCUCGGGCGAGAUACCGGCCGAUUUCGGAAAACUCAAGAUGCUCAGCCGGGCUCUGCUGUACCGGAACCAGCUCACCGGGUCAAUCCCGGACUCCAUCGGCAACAUGAACCGGUUGGCCGACCUGGACCUGUCCAGGAACCAAUUAUCGGGUCGCGUACCGGAUUGUCUCGGAAAAAUGCGGGUUCUUUCGACGUUGAAUCUGGACGGAAACUCGUUUUCUGGUCAAUUACCGGCGUCCCUUUUGAGCAAUCGGGGUUUGGGGAUCUUGAAUAUGAGCCGAAACGGGUUUGAAGGUAACAUACCGGACGUUUUCCACGGAAAUUCGUACUUUAUGGUGCUCGAUUUGUCUUACAACAAAUUGAAGGGUCCGAUUCCCGGUUCGUUAUCGUCGGCGAAAUAUAUCGGGCACUUGGAUCUGAGCCACAACCACCUGUGCGGGGCGAUUCCUGUGGGGAACCCGUUCGACCACCUCGGAGCGUCGUCGUUUGCCAACAAUGAUUGCCUCUGCGGGAACCCGCUGAGUACCUGUUGAUCGUAUGGUUUCGGCCGGUUUGGAUUGUAUAAGUUAUCGUAUCGGUUCGUCUCGCUCCGAAGUUCCGGGCAAAUGCACAUUUUAAUUUUAUAUAAUUUCUGUGUAAUUGUAAGAUUUAUUACGUGGCUUAAUCUCUUUUUUAUUUUAAUUUUAUAAAAAAGUAUUAAGUUCUAUACAA